AUGAUUGACAUGCCAAUGCCAUCCUUCUCCAUCACAAACAAGCCUUCAUCUGGUACAUCAUUAUACCACACCUGUCGCUCAGUACUGGAUAAAUUAGCGCUUGUAGAGGGCAUGACAUACUAUUUGGAUUUUGAAAACCUGAGCUUGAUCACAUCCACCACGGGCUCAUCUGUCAUGUCGUCUGAAUCAGGCUCCACUACAAGCAGCAGCAACCUUUCAAAUGAUCCCCUUACAAAAUUAUGGGAACUGUGUAGACGAGGUGCUCCGCUCGCAACCUUAUUCAAUGCCUUGAAUCCAUCAGAACCACUCAAGCUAGAUUUCACUCAGAACCACCAAUUAAAUGAGUGCAAGAAAACUGUCUAUCAUUUCAUCGUUGCAUGCAGAAAUCAAUUGGACUUCAAAGAGGAGGACGUAUUCACAUUGUCUGAUCUCUACAAGGACAAUACAAACGGCUUUGUCAAGGUGGUGAAUACAAUCGAUCUCAUUUUGCAGUUACUGGAAGAAAAGGGCAUCAUUUGCACAAAAGAUUCCGCCAAUAGAAACUCGCUCAAUGCACCAAAAGAUACCAGAGACAAGGUUGUCCAUGAGCUGCUUGAGACAGAGCGCAAAUAUGUACAAGAUUUGGAGGUUCUGCAGAAUUAUAUGCGUGAAUUACAGAUCCAGGAAGUUCUGAAUCCCGAUACAAUUCACUAUCUGUUUGGCAACCUCAACACGCUGGUCGAUUUUCAACGUCGUUUCUUGAUUUACCUGGAGGAAAUUGGAGAAAAGCCUGCUGAAGAACAAAAUUUUGGAUCUCUUUUCAGCCAAAUGGAAGAUCAGUUUACUGUUUAUGAACCUUAUUGUGCAAACUACUUUUCUGCUCAAGAUCUGGUGGUUCAAGAAGCGCCUAAAUUACAGAAAUUGGCUGGCAUUUUAAAUCCGGUAUAUGAACUGCCUUCCAUGCUCAUCAAGCCUGUACAGCGUAUCUGUAAAUAUCCUUUGCUACUGAACCAAUUGAUCAAGUCGAUGAAACCUGAUUGGCCUCACUAUGAAGACAUGGAAGAAGGUUUAGAAUCUGUUAAACGUGUGACAGAAAAGGUCAAUGAAACUCAACGCAAGCAUGAAAAUAUCCAAGUUGUCGACGAUCUAAAGAGAAGAGUCGAUGAAAUGCGCACUGCUCAAAUCGAUAGCUUUGGCAGCUUGCUGCUGCACGACAAACUCGUCAUGCAACAAUCAGAUGAAUCGGAUAAGGAAAUGCACAUCUUCUUCUUUGAGAGAACCAUGCUGAUCUGCAAAGAAAGCAAAGAUGCCACCAAGAACAAGAGUGCGAAAUCAAUCAAGAAGAAACGAAGGGGAAGUCUGCAGCCCAAGGGUCUCAUUGUCAUGAGCAGGAUUUUGUCUGUUCGAAACACAUCGACUGGCGAAGGAAACUGGUAUCUGCGUGUCGAUUGGAAAGAUGGCGAAGUCCAUACAGUUACAUUGAAAUUUAGAAAUGAAGAACAGGUCAGGUUAUGGGAAUCAACUCUCAAGAGAAGAAUGUCUCCUAUGAAAUCUACCGUUUCCAACACUCAACUCGCCUCCAUGAAGAAUGCGCAUCAACAAGUGCCUGCCUCUCUUCGCACUGACGAUGAGGAUGAAUACAAUGACGACGCAACUCUUGUUCAAAGAUCCAGAUCCAACUCUUUAUCUGCUCAUUUGCUCAAUUCGAUCUCUGGUAGACCGAAGAUCCCUCGCAAUAUGAGCGCUGAUCAAGCUGCACAUGGAAAACAACGCUAUACUGCUGGUACAAAUAGCCCUCUUCCACGUACAAGUUCAAGUGCAAACACUCACAAUGCCCACGAUUAUUACUAUCCUGCUUCUCCUCCACCUUCCAAUCCUUCCUCGCCUACCACAUCCUCUCGUGCUUCACAAUCUAGUACAACCAGCUCGACCAGAGUCGGCGCAUCUCCAUUAGCUGAUAUUGCAUCGAAAUUCAUGUCCACUAGUAGUGGUAGUAGCACUGAAGAUGAUUACAGACAAUUUCCCCUUCCACCUCCACCUCCACCUCAUGUCAAUCGUAGUCAAUCACAUUCUGCUGCAUCACCUUAUCAUACCAUCAGUGCAACCACAUAUCAACAACAGCAGCAACAACAGCAGCUUUCAGCAUCCCCCAGACUUAGAUCCCAAAGUAGCCCGAAUAUUCAUCAUAACAAUAUCAGCAGCAUGGAAGAUGCGCCUCAAUUACCAUUUAAUUCACGUACAUUAUAUCAAACACCACCAUCACCACUUGAUUCUCCCAUCAGGGACAGCAAUAUAUCCUAUCGUACUACCAACAGUAACACAUCUCGUAUAUCCGACCUGAGCAACCAGCAGGUACCACUUUCUCCCAUCAGCAGUAUAUCAGGAUGCGUCAAAAUCAAAUUAAACUACAAUGAUGGUAUCUACGUCGUCAUGUGCUCCAGCGAAGUGUUAUAUUAUGAAUUGAUGGACAAGGUAGAACGCAAGAUUCGACUUGUUGCUAAUUUGCAGCCGAAUGAUAUCCUCAGACUCAGGUACCAAGAUGAAGAUGGUGAUUUGAUCACUAUUAACUCUGAUGACGAUGUGCAAAUGGCUUUUGAAAGCAGAGGAAACUUGAACACUAUCAAUCUGUUUGUCAGUGUUUAA